CUGAAGCAGACCAGGGAGCCAGGUAUUCUGAAGGCUGGGGGUGGGGAGCCUGCUUAAAAAAAAUUGGGCAUAACUCUUUUUUUAGUCUUAACAUUUUCAGUACUAAAGGACUGUUUUCAAAAUAGUCCCCCUUUAAUGUUACACAGGAUGCUGCUGUAAUACAGACAUAGAAAGUCCUGGUCACCCUAUGGGCAAUUUGUAACUGAAUAUAAAAGCAGCCUGGAAAAAAAACCUUGUGAAAAAAAGAUUGCUGUCGAGCAGCUGUGCUGAGCUGCCUGUGAGGCAGGGAUGCUAUAUUCCUCAUAUUCCUGAUAGUGCCCUGCCCAUAAGCACAUAAAACUGCAACAAGCAAGGAUGGAGAAGGACUGGUAGCCCAGGCAGCUGUUGUAGCAGGCAACAGGUAACCCCAGCCCUAGUAACUGCAGCAUUUUGCCUUAGGGGAAUUAUUCACCAUGCACAUUUGGCAAGGAAUCCUUCACUAGUGUGUGACUGUCUGACGAGACUUUUAGGAGGGUAUCUGAACCAUCCCUAUUGUCAGCAAGUGCUGGGGAGUUUCAUGCUUUGUCACUACUGAAUGUGGGCGGAGGAAAUAACCGAUUGUGGAAACCUAUAAAAAGAAGGGAGCUGAGAUCAUAAAAGAGCGAAGAGAAAAGGGGGAAGCCAAGAAGAGGCAGCAGAAACACAUGGAGUGUGUGAGCUCUGAGCUGCUUGGAAGGCAAAGCAGGGGCAGGCUGUGGGCAUUUCCACUACCUUCUUGGGCAGCUCUCCCUUACUGAAUGGAAGCACUCACCUGGCUCCCUCUGCUAAGGCACCUGGGUUCACCUUACUUAUAUUUACUUUUUAGGGCAGAGGGCUAACCUGACUGGACUGUGGUUAUUUCACCAUCUGUUUCAUUGAGCAAAUAGAUGUAUCACACAAAGUUUUAUCUGCAACUUGGGAUAUGUUUAAACUGUACACCUUGAAGGAGCUAAGAAGAUUGACUUGCUUAUGGACUUCUGAACUUGCUUGUUUUAUUCAUCUGUUCUCCCCAUGGUCCUCAAACAUCAUUAAAGGGAGAGAGCAAUAACUUUAGCUGUGCAGUGUUUGGGCACUGGGGCAUCUGUUUUGGACUUGUGAGAGCUGCCAAAUAGAUCUGCUCUUUGACUUUUCCUGAGUGCUGAGAUGAACAUGGUUUUGCUGGGGAUGAAUGGGGAGUGCUGUUGCCUGCUACCUUUACUGGCUGCGGUGCUGAUGGUGGAAAGUUCCCAGUUAGAUGUAUCCAGCUCAAAGAUGAAUGCCAUCAAGUCAGUCCUGCUGGUGCAGACUCCCACAGCAGCCACCAACAAGUCUGAAAGUAUCCAUCACGGAGUCUCACACAAGAAAGGGAAGAGCAAUGGCCAGGCAUACCCUUGCAUAAGUGAUAAGGAGUGUGAAGUUGGAAGGUACUGUUACAGUCCUCACCAGGCACCAUCUUCCUGUAUGCUAUGCAGACGAAAGAAGAAACGAUGCCACAGAGAUGGCAUGUGCUGUCCUGGCAAUCGCUGCAACAAUGGCAUUUGCAUUCCUGUUGCAGAAACCAUCAUGAGUCCUCAUAUACCAGCACUUGAGACCCGUCCCAAAAAAAAUGGCCACAUCUCUAACAAGGAUCUAGGAUGGCAAAAUCUUGGGAAACAUCACUCAAAGAUUCCCCUUAUAAAAGGACAUGAAGGAGACCCUUGUCUUCGAUCAACUGACUGCAUUGAGGGUCACUGCUGUGCUCGACACUUCUGGACAAAAAUUUGUAAACCAGUUUUGCACCAAGGAGAAGUAUGCACCAAACUGCGAAAGAAAGGAUCUCAUGGCCUGGAGAUUUUUCAAAGAUGUGACUGUGCAAAAGGGUUAUCUUGCAAAGUAUGGAAAGAUGCCACCUACUCUUCAAAGUCAAGACUUCACAUUUGCCAGAAAAUAUGACAGCUUACUCAGAAACUGUUGCUAUGACAAGACUAGAAGGUUGCAGAAUUGGUACAUAUAAGGGUGGCCCAAAAGGACAUUGGUACUGAAGAUAAACACUGAACUGAAAAGUCAAUAUGUUUGAACUGGAGCAUUUAGGGCUUGUAUGUGUAAAUAAAACAUUCAUGAGACAGACUAUUCUUUAAAAAAAAAUGACAUUUAAUAUUUUAACAGUGCAUGCCCACUGAUUUUGCAAAAAUGUAUGAGCUUAAAUAAUGUAGGAAUAAUCAUGAACAUUUUUCUAAAUGCUUGAAAAGCACACACACAUGUCAUACCUAUUCUAAUACUACCAACACAGGUACACUAUUCAUGGUUGUGGGGGAUGAAGUGUACAGUAUGCCUCAAAUUAGAGCUUGCUUUUUCUUAAAAGCUCUGAUGCAUGUGAAUGUGUGAAACAAUAAUAUCUUGUAAAUGGGUGGAGCAUAUUGAGCAAGGUACAACCAAUUGCCAGAUGAGACGAGUGACUGGAAAAGCACACCGUAAACAAACCUUAGAAAUAGAACACAAUGUACCUUGAUUUUACAUUCCUGGAUUUAAAGUUUUCCUGCACUAUACACUUUAUUUAUAGGCUAAAGUAACAUAAAACCCAUUUAAUUUUUCUUUAAUUUUGUUUUUCCCCUUAAUUUACUAUGUAUUUCCCUUUGUCCCCUUAGAAAUGUAAAAUCAAGGCUCUAAUGUGCAGAAUAUUAUACCAUAGUUACAACAUAAUAAUAUAUCAGUCAGAAUCAAUAAAAUCAUGUAAUACAGAUUUAUGGAGAGGAGAAGGACUCUGUAUCUAUCCCCGCUUUCCCUAUACAGUAUACAAUACUUCAUACCAUUAAACAGAAAAAAAAACAAAGCUACCACGCUUAACAUUUCAUGUUUGUUAUAUGUUUUUGUCCUAGUUUUACAAUAAAUCUAAUUCAUAUUUGUAAUAAAUAAUAAAA